GUAUGGAGUACAAUUGAACUACUCGUCAUAACAUAACCUCACAAACAGCUCAAAUUUAAUUCAAUUACAUUUACUAUGUGAAUUAACUUCUAAAUGUUAAGCUCCAACGAUAAAACUGACCCAAAAUUAUAUAAAAAGACCAAAUAAAAUGGAAUUCAACUAUGUAAACACGAAUGCAGAUCCCGAUUACGAGGCUCACAAUUCGGCAAUUCGACGGGCCGAGCUAAACCAAACAGAGGACAGCAAGGACAGUGUGGAGGAGUGUAGGAAAAUAAUAAAAGAUGUGUUCGAUCAAGAACUGGCGUCCAGACGGAAACACCUCGAGGACAUUGAAAACCAGAUAUUCAAGGCCCAGAAACUGUUACAUCUAGUCCGUUAUGCCUUAGUUACCCAGUAUUACAACAACAAAUCACUGGAACCUGACCCUGAGGAGUGUGAAGACAAUAAUGUGAUGGACAUUGAUGGUCAGAAUCGAAUACACAGGGCUGUUAAGAAAUUGCUUAUUGGUAAUAGUCCACAAAUAUUGAACAGAAAUAAGAGAAAAGCCAAGAAUUUAAUUGCACCUAGUAACUCUACCACAGCACACAACACCACUAAGGAGCAACCAGCCAAAAAAAUUAAAUUGGAAGACCCAGUGUCACUGUUACCAAAAAUUGUACCUAACUCCACUAAUGUGAGAAACAGAAAAAAAGUGAAGCAAAGGAUUAUAAUAGGAAAUAUAUCUAAAUACACCCAUUCCAGGGAAGAUAAUGAUCUAACACACAAGUGGAUGAUCUUUGUAAGAGGUCCAAAAGAGAAACCUGAUGUGUCUAGUUUUAUACAAAGAGUGGUGUUCUAUUUGCAUCCAUCAUACAAACCUUAUGAUGUUGUUGAAGUUUCAGAACCACCAUUUCAGUUAGCCAGGAGAGGAUGGGGUGAGUUCCCUAUAAGAGUACAAAUAUUUUUUAAGAAUACCAUGAACAAACCGGUGGAUUUAGUACAUAACUUAAAAUUGGACCAGAAGCAUACUGGUAGACAGUGUCUGGGCAAUGAGACAAUAGUAGACUUAUAUUUACAUGAUGAAAAUGAUCCCAUGGACUCCCAUUUAGAUGAUUUAAUAAAAAAGGAAAUUGGUGAUAGUACUGAUAUUGUUAUAAAAGAUGAAUUAUUAUUAGAUGAUGUUGAUCAGUGUGACAUAACAUUUGGAAAUCAAAUGAAGAGUGAAGAUGUUAACAGCCUUAAUAAUGAUCCCUACUUUGGUGAUGUAUUAGCCAGUAAUUUAAAUGACCACAAUUACAGUUUGCACCAUUCCUUUGAAGGUAUAAAUAUAAAGCCAGAUAUAGAAGACCUCCAACCAGUGAACCCUGAUACACCUUUAGUAUAUGGCCUAGAAGAUUACAUGCAUAAUGGAAAAAAAUAUGGUCGACAAUCAUUAUCACCAAAAAAGUCAAUUGACGCCAGUGUAGACAAAAAAUCCCCAGUCAAAUCACCCACAAUUAAAAUGUUAACCAAUAGUUUAGGACAAAAUGUUUAUUUAAUUUCCAAUGGACCUAUAUCCAACAGAAAUGUGUUCAUGGUAAAGGGGAAGCAUCCCCAAUCAAUUUUAAAAACAGACGACGUGAACAAGUUGGUGCAAGAAAAGAUAAACUACAAUGAAUUCAAAAUAAAAUUGCCGCCAAAUAAAUUUAAGAACAUGGGUGAAGUUUUGCCUUACUUAUUCAAGAAAUUACCCCUUCACAGCAAAUUAGCAGACAAUUUAAACUACAAGUGUACAUAUCCAUUUACAGCACUGAGCCUGAAGGAAUAUGCCAGCUUUAAUGUGGGCAAAAAGCUUAGCACUGAGUGGAGUAGGGCCAAGACUAUUAGGAAAAUAUUACAGGAGCACAACUUUUUUGAAAGUCAUAAAUGGAAUACAAAAGCCAUUUUAAUGUAUGGAAGGUGCCAUAUAUACACGCCACUAACUACUUUCAGUAUUUUUAAUUACGAUUCUGAUGAAAAGAAUUUGGUAUUAAAUACAUAUAAGACUUCAUUAAGGCUUCCAGACACAAAUCUGGCGAAAUAUUUUAAGGAAGAUGAAAACAUUGAUGUCCUACAAGUAAACAAACAGAGCCCAGUUGAAAUGAAAUCCGCACACACUCAGGAUAUUUCCGAUGAAACCCUAAGACUGCCUUGUUCUUUUGUCAGACAAACAGCCUUAGAAUCCGGGGUGGUCUUAAAAUCCGAGGAAAUUCUGCCGAACGUAUACAUAAAUGGAGCUGAACGUAUGAUUUUGGCCGCCGUUAAGUGCCUAGCCGAAAAUUUAAUGAGGAGAGCCAGCUGCCAUUUGAUUUGCGAGGGGAACUACGACGAAAGUACAAGUCAAGUUUUAAAAACACACGUUCAAAUGGCCAUAAAUGAAAGGCGAGAAAUACGAAAUAUUAAAGACUUUCAUACAGAAAAGAGGGAACUCGAGUUUUUUAUGUAAUAUAUAUUUUAUUGUAAUAUAUUUUUUAAUAAAAGAAUGGUUGAUUUGUUUUUUUAGAUAA